AUGCCAACCCGACCCCCCACAAAAUCCGACUUCCCAUCCUCUCUAACAUUCACCCUCACCCGGCCACCACCAUCACCUCAAUCCCAAUCCCAAUCGCGACCACCACCAAACAUCCUCCUCCUCCUCCACGGCCUCGGCGACACCCACGCCGCCUUCACAAACCUCGGAGUCUCGCUCGCGCUUCCCGAAACAACAGUCCUCACAAUCCAAGCGCCCAAUCCGCUCCCCCUCGACAUCCCAGGCUUUCACUGGGGCGAUGAUAUAAACUUCGAUUCGCGCACGGGCGCGCUAGACAUGGAUGCAGGAUUCGCGAAGACCACAAAACUCCUCGUUGAGAGCGUCAUACAGACCGUGCUUGUUGGGAAAUGCGGAUAUAAGUUGCGUGAGAUCAUGGUGCUGGGGUUUGGACAGGGUGGCAUGGCGGGUCUCGUUGCUGCGGAGAGGAUAUUUGCGGAGGGGGUAGGUAAUGGGUCUGGAUCUGAAGGAGGGGAAUUAGCUGGGAUUAUCUCUAUAGGUGCAGCGUAUCCGCUUUCGCUGGCUGGGAAUAAGAGUACUACUACUGGUAGUGAGCAGGGGAAGAGCCGGACGCCUGUUUUGGUGGUUGCAGGCCGGGACUCGGAGGUUGUGACGGAGUCUGCGAUGAAGAGGACGAAGGAUGUCUUCCAGUUUGUGGAGAUGCAUGGAUAUAGGAGGCGUGGGGAUACAAUGCCGCGGAGUCGAGAUGAGAUGCUUCCCAUAAUGCGGUUCUUUGGGAGAAGGUUACGCAGUUGGCAGGGUGUCCCGGAGGGGAGUGUUGAGCUUUCUUAA